AUGUUAAAAAUCUAUAAGAAUUAUAAAUUUUGUAUCUUAUCUUUUCAGGAUAAAACAUUUGGAUUGAAAAACAAGAAAGGAUCUAAACAACAGAAGUUUAUAAAGACUGUUACACAUCAGGUGAAAAAUGCUGGACAAAAAGUGAAGCUUGAAGAGUUAAAUAAACCUGGUGACAAGAAAGGUAAAGGAAAGGAGCUAGAUGAGUUAAAUAAAUUAUUCAAACCAGUCCAGCAGACAGUCGGAAAAGGUGUUGACCCGAAGUCAGUAGUGUGUGCAUUCUUUAAGCAAGGCCAGUGUACAAAGGGAGACAAAUGCAAAUUUUCUCACGACCUCAACGUAUCUCGGAAGUCAGAGAAGAAAAAUUUGUACGAAGAUGUCCGAGACGAUGACAAGAUGGAAGACUGGGAUGAAGAGAAACUCGAGGAGGUUAUCAACAAGAAACACGGCGAACUAGAGAAGGCCAAACCUAAAACUUCCAUUAUUUGCAAAUUUUUCCUAGAAGCUGUAGAAAAUUGUAAGUAUGGUUGGUUUUGGACGUGUCCGAAUGGUGGAAAUGAUUGUAAAUACAGACAUGCUUUGCCACCUGGAUUUGUAUUAAAACGAGAUCAGAAAAAAGAAGACAAAGAGGAAAAAAUUUCAAUAGAAGAACUCGUAGAAAAAGAGAGAGCAGCAUUGGGACAUAACACAACAAAAGUCACUUUAGAAACAUUUUUGAAAUGGAAGGAAAGGAAGCGAAAAGAAAAAAUGAAGAUACAAAAAUCAGCACAGGAGAAAAAGAAAAGUGACUUUAAACAGGGCAAGGCAUUCGGAAUCAGUGGUAGAGAAAUGUUCGAGUUUAACCCCGACCUCAUCGAAGGUGACGACGAAGAGGCUACCGAAGAUGUUCUCGAGCGUGAAGAUCAGGAAGAGGAGGAUGUCGGAAGUAAUGUUAAAGAUAUCGAUCUUGGCAUGUUUGUACCGACGGAUAUAGAUGGCACGGGAACUCGAGCAGAGGAACGCACUGCUGCGGGUGCAGGAGAAGGGAAGGCGCCAACUAUGAAUGGGAUUGCAGGAGAUGACGAGGCCAAUAAAAUGGAUCUGGCCGGUGCGUUACCAACAGCAACAGGUGGAGGCGAAGCUUAA